UGAAGCCGCUCGGUGAACAACCGCUGGGCCUCGUUUCCAUGGAUUCAUACCCGACGACUCAUUGCGACUGAGGCAUGCCAUUCUUCUCCCCUGCGGCUUAAAUGUGCAGCUUAUUCUGACUCAGGCUAUUGUGGAGCGCACAAGUGGCUCUCUGAGGAGAAGGGGAUGGAGAAAGAAAGGGUGGGGUCAGGGUUCAAACGAAAGGCUCCCGUCGGGACUCCCUCCCUGUUAUCAAAUUUGUUGAGACACAAAAAGAGCAACAGUCUUAUUCCCAAGAACAUCUUGAGGAGGAGAAAGGAGGUUAGAGGACGGCAUUCUUUGAGUCCGAGCUUCAGUCCCUCUACAGCUCAGCGGUCGAUCUCCACAGUCGUCACUCUGCUUCACUCCUGGGCUGAUUGUUGCUGAAGUUUCCCUUCAGCAGCCAAAUCUUUCUUUGAGAAGUUCAGAACUCUGACAAGCUCCAAAUCUCAGCCACCAGAAUGGAGUCUGCUAACACAGAGCUGCCCUUCCUGCUGUCCAAUCAGUCAUCAGAGAGCUGUGCAGUGGACACAACAGUGGAGAACACCCUGUUUGGAUGCUUCUACAUCCUGGUUUUCUUUUUAGCUCUGAACGGAAACAGCCUGGCUCUCUGGAUCUUCUCCCAUCAGCGAGGCUCCUCCUCUCCAGCUAACAUCUUCCUGAUUCACCUCGCUGUGGCAGACUUAUCGUACGUGGUCAUUCUCCCCCUGAGGGCCACCUACCACCUCACUGGAGGACACUGGCCCUUUGGUGAGGUGCCCUGCAGAGUGGCCGGCUUUUUGUUUUAUGUCAACAUGUAUGCCAGUUUGUACUUCCUGGCCUGUGUGGCGGGGGAUCGCUACCUGGCAGUGGUUCAUGCUGUGAGGUCGCUGAAGGUCCGUCGUGCUCGCUACGCUCACAUCAUCAGCUUCUCUCUCUGGGCCCUGGUUACAGUCUCCAUGGCACCGCUGCUGAUCACCCACCAGACUACAGAGGUGGAUGGCGUGACGGUGUGUUUGCAGCUGUACAGAGAGAAGGCCUCACGCAAAGCCCUCAUCUCACUGGCUGUGGCCUUUACCCCACCGUUCCUCGCCACCCUGUCCUGUUACCUGCUCAUUAUUCACAGUCUGCGCCGCGGCUCCAGGCUAGAGCCAGCUCUCAAAAUGAGGGCCCUGCGCACCAUUGGUUUGGUUAUGCUCAUCUAUGUGGUCUGUUUCCUGCCAUAUCAUGUGAGCAGGGCCACGUUCAUCCUGGGCUACAACCAUCCCGGCGUCUCCUGCCAGACCCGCAGAGGUCUGAGCUUGGCCAACCGCCUCACCUCCUCCCUCACCUGUCUGAACGGCGCCAUGGACCCUUUGAUCUACCUGUUUGGAGCUGAGAAGUUUCGAGGCACCUUAAUGCGCUUGUUUUGCAAAGACAAGGCGGGGGUGUCAGGAGCCACCAGCGGGGAAUUAAAGGGAACACAUGAAAGCUCUGUGAGCGCCAAGUCAGAGUUUUGAGGAAGAGAAAUUGGAACUCAAUCUUUGGCACAGUUUGAUCCAUUUCAAACACAAACUAAAAUCGGCCUGACUAUCAAUUACCAAUUUCCACAAUGUGGUUAAUGAACCAAUGUAGCCCCUUACUUUAGAAUAAAAUCCUUGCUCCUUUGUCUGUCCCACUCCCUGAACCUUCACAGACUUUAUUGACUCUACCACUGGCUGUGGCUAGGUGGUCAUCUCUCAACCAGAAGGUCAGGGGAUCGAUCCCCAUCACUGGCCAAACCACUUAAUCCCAAAAUCCCGUAUGAAUGUGUAUAAAUGGGAUUAGUUAAUACUGAUGGACACAUUACAAAGCAAUCUCUGCCAUCAGUGUGUGAAUGGGUGGGUGUGACCUACGAUGUAAAAGUGCUUUGAGUAUUCAGAAGAAUAGAAAAGCACCAUACAAGCUCAAGCCCAUUAACCAUCACCUGACCUUCUUACGCAUCCAAGAAGGACCUUUAUGGACUUGAGUGUGGAUUGCUAUGUAUUUUAACUCUGCAUAGAUCAGAUUUACUUUUUAUGCGCUGCAUUAUGGGCCCACAUUUGUAACCCAGGAAAAUGGACUAAUGGGCACAUCGAUAUGCAGUGAACAUUGAUACUGGAUGGAGCUCAAUGACACUAGCCCUUGCCAUCAAAGUCUGCAAGACUAGGCCUACAUUGCUCUACUUGCUUCAUCGGCAACCUUCAUUGGCAGAAAAUGGUAGCCUUCAAACACACUACAUUGUUCUAAAACAAGACAGGAGACUAAACAAAGUUCAAAAAUGUAUUUUUUAACUGCCUGUGCUUUACAAGCAGCAUGUUUUUUCCAAUAAGUGCAUGAUGUAUGGGGCUGCAGCUGCCUGAGCAUCGACAAGAAUUUAGUCCUCACAAGUGUGUCCUCCUGUGUAUGUUUAGGAAUAAUUUGUGUCAAACACCAAAUAAUUAGACAUGUACAGAGUUUUAAUGUAUCUACUAUUUGUGUACUGUAUGCUCGGCCAGACUUUUAUAAAUUCUCAUGUGUAGGCUUUUUCAUUUUUAACUAAGGUAUUUUUGUCUUUGUGAGUAACAAUGUCAGACUGUUGGUUGUGCCACCAUAUUAUUCAACUAUUGACUAGACAGACACAAAGGUGGGGAUUUUGAUGUUGUCCACUUCCUUGGUUUAUGGCCCUGUACUUCGACAAAAAUGUCUAGUGUUUAUAUGCAAAUUUUUUCAUGCCUGCUGUACACUGUUUGUACUGUUUGCCUGGUAGCCGCCUCUUGGUUUCACAGUGAAGGCAAUGCUGAAUUGCGCUAAAACUGCAUUUUUUUCUAAUGGACAGUACGGAGAAACUCUAUUGAUAACAUAAAGAAGUUAGAUUGUAAAUCUUCCAUGUGGGUAAUUGAGCAUGCUAAUGCCAGAGUCCUGUUUUUUGUAAUGAUUUUUCAAUGACUUUUACAAAUUGCUUGGAGAGACUCGAGCCCGACAAAUCUUCAUUGUACAUAUAUGCAUUACUUCUCUGUUCCCUAACUUUUCUACGCUAUGCAUUUAUCUCUUUGUCACUUUUUAUGAUAUUGCACUUUUGCAUGCUAAAUUAUGAAUCUUUUUUUUUUACUUUGAGUAGCUGUGUCUAAACAUUUCUGCAAAAGAAAAGAAGCUAUAGACGGAAAUAAAUGAUUCACAAUGUUUAGUCAUGUAUGAAAUGUUCUUAUUGAGUUUUUGUGAUGUGUAACUAUUUGAUGUAAAUAAUUAACUUCCCUAAAACAAAGUCAUAAAAAGAUUUUACAUUUGAAAGAGACUUCUCUGUGAAAAUGCUCUACUAGCUUAUUUACACUUUGCCAACUGACUCAAAUGCUAUUCUUUAUUUCCUUUUGUGUCACCAAUCUCUGCUUCUCAAUGCUCUUAUAUAAAAAUAUGUAUUAC